CUGUCGUAUGUUAACAAUGAAAAUUUUCAUAACGUUUCUGAUAUCGGGUGUGAAAGAUCAAUCAAAAUAUCCGGUGCUACCAGUGGCGGUCAAGCUAAGAGCGGUUUCUUGUCCGCGUGCACGCCUUCCGCCGCGCCGUCAUCCUCCAUAUUGAGAUUGAUGUCCCAAACGCCAGCUUUCCCGGCUGCCUCGAACAGAAUACUAAGAGGGUGGCACCCAUUCUUCGCUCAAUUAGUCCCCGAUCCGGGUUUUGUCUCGAGCGACUAUGACGCCUUCCCGACACUUCACCGCAUACCAAAUUACACUCAUAUUUUUCAAGUAAGCCCUGUGAUCAAAGUAUCGCAAUCAACGUUAAGUUUUGCUCUCGACUGCUAG